CCUCAGGACCAGCCCGCCGGCGAGGAAACGCGAGCGCCAGGGCGGGAGGCAAAGAGGAGACUCCGUAUUUCUAAAAGGCAAGAAAGGAAGGAAGGAAGGAAGGAAAAAAAUCCCCCGAGCGCCGUGGAGUGGACUUUGGUCCGGGCGAGCGCGGUCGGACGCCGGAACGUGCACCGGGAGGCUCCGGAAUGCAAACAAAGCUCGCGGGCGCCCGUGCAGGGCUCGGGGGGAAGCCCGGAAAGUUUGUUUUAUGAUGGCUUGAGUGCGCGAGUGUGUGCAGGGGAGCGAGGCUGCCAACUUUCUCUCCCGUCGCGCUAUCCGGGAGGCGAUGGCUCGCCUAUGAACCGGCGGAGGCUCGGGGGCUUGUGCUGGGGGGGGCACCUGUCUCGCCUUGCAUCUUCUUUUCUGGAGGAAGGGAACACCUCAUCAUGUCGAAAGUGAUCCAGAAGAAGAAUCACUGGACCAGUAGGGUUCACGAAUGCACCGUGAAGCGGGGUCCCCAGGGCGACCUGGGGGUGACGGUGCUGGGGGGAGCGGAGAACGGAGAGUUUCCGUACGUCGGAGCGGAGGCGGCUGGGCUUCCCGGAGGCGGCGGCGGCGGCGGCGAGGGCCCGAGGCUGGGCGAAGGGGAGCUGCUUCUGGAGGUGCAGGGGGUCCGAGUGGCCGGCCUGCCCCGCUAUGACGUGCUAGGAGUCAUCGACAGCUGCAAGGAGGCCGUCACCUUCAAAGCCGUCAGACAAGGAGGCAGGCUGAACAAGGACCUGCGACAUUUUCUCAACCAACGCUUCCAGAAAGGCUCACCUGACCAUGAGCUCCAGCAAACCAUAAGAGAUAACCUUUAUCGCCAUGCUGUGCCUUGCACAACCCGAUCUCCAAGAGAGGGAGAGGUGCCAGGCGUGGACUACAACUUUCUGACUGUGAAGGAGUUCCUGGACCUCGAGCAGAGUGGGACUCUUCUGGAAGUCGGCACCUAUGAAGGAAACUAUUAUGGGACACCCAAACCUCCGAGCCAGCCAGUCGGUGGGAAACUGAUCACAACGGAUGCCUUGCAAAGCCUUCAGUUGGGCUCCACGCUGUCGACCCCGAAGCGCACCAAGUCUUACAAUGAUAUGCAAAAUGCUGGCAUAGCCCAUGCGGAGAAUGAGGAGGAGGAUGACGUUCCUGAAAUGAACAGUAGCUUUACAGCCGAUUCCGGUGACCAAGACGAGCACCCUCUCCGGGAGACAGCACUGCCGCCUGUGAAUAGUAGCACCGCUGCUGCUCCCAUCACGGACCCUUCUCAGAAGUUUCCUCAAUACCUACCUCUUUCUGCAGAGGAUAACUUGGGUCCUCUACCUGAAAACUGGGAGAUGGCCUAUACCGAGAAUGGAGAAGUCUAUUUUAUAGACCAUAACACUAAAACAACAUCUUGGCUAGACCCUCGGUGCCUGAGCAAGCAGCAGAAGCCUCUGGAAGAGUGUGAAGACGAUGAAGAAGGGGUACACACCGAGGAGCUGGACAGUGAACUAGAACUGCCAGCUGGUUGGGAAAAGAUUGAAGACCCUGUCUAUGGUAUCUACUAUGUAGACCACAUCAACAGGAAGACGCAGUAUGAGAAUCCUGUUCUGGAAGCCAAACGGAAGAAGCAGUUGGAGCAGCAGCAGCAGCAGCAGCAGCCAGAAGAAUGGACGGAAGAUCACUCAUCGCUUGUGCCUCCUGUCAUUCCAAACCAGCCACCAAGCAAUCCAGAGCCAGCCAGAGAAGCUCCACUUCAGGGCAAACCCUUUUUUACUCGAAACCCUUCGGAGUUGAAGGGCAAGUUCAUUCACACGAAACUGAGGAAAAGCAGCCGCGGCUUCGGCUUCACAGUUGUUGGAGGGGACGAGCCUGACGAGUUUCUCCAGAUCAAGAGCUUGGUUCUGGACGGGCCCGCUGCACUGGAUGGCAAGAUGGAAACAGGGGACGUGAUUGUCAGUGUGAACGACACCUGUGUCUUGGGACACACACAUGCUCAAGUGGUGAAAAUCUUCCAGUCCAUUCCUAUUGGUGCCAGCGUGGACCUUGAACUCUGCCGCGGAUACCCAUUGCCUUUUGACCCAGAUGACCCCAAUACAAGUUUGGUGACCUCUGUGGCUAUUUUGGAUAAAGAGCCGAUUAUUGUGAACGGCCAAGAGACCUACGACUCGCCAGCCAGCCACAGUAGUAAAACGGGCAAAGUCAGCAGCGUGAAGGAUGCCAGGCCCAGCAGCCCUGCCGACGUGGCUUCAAAUGGUUCCCACAGUUAUCUCAACGACACUGUCUCUCUGGCUUCCUCCAUCGCCACCCAACCCGAACUCAUAACGGUCCACAUCGUCAAAGGGCCGAUGGGCUUUGGUUUCACUAUCGCGGACAGCCCUGGCGGGGGUGGCCAGAGAGUGAAACAGAUUGUGGACAGCCCUCGGUGCCGAGGCCUGAAAGAAGGGGACCUCAUAGUGGAAGUUAAUAAGAAGAACGUGCAAGCUCUCACUCACAAUCAAGUAGUGGAUAUGCUGAUCGAGUGCCCCAAGGGCAGUGAGGUCACAUUGUUGGUGCAAAGAGGAGGGCUGCCAGUUCCAAAGAAGAGCCCAAAGUCGCAUCCACUGGAGAGGAAAGACAGCCACAGCAGUUCCCAGCACAGCGUGUCCAGCCACCGGAGCCUGCACGCGGCCUCCCCGAGCCACAGCGCGCAGGUGCUCCCGGAGCACCCAGCCGCCGAGCCCCCCGCACCCGAUCCGACGGACAGCUCCGGGCAGAAAAAACCAGAUCCUUUUAAAAUCUGGGCCCAGUCCAGGAGCAUGUAUGAAAACCGACCCAUGUCACCUUCGCCUGCAUCGGGAUUGAGCAAGGGUGAGAGAGAGAGAGAAAUCAAUUCAACGAACUUUGGAGAAUGUCAGAUUCCAGAUUACCAAGAACAGGACAUCUUCCUAUGGAGAAAAGAGACUGGAUUUGGAUUUAGGAUUCUGGGCGGAAAUGAACCAGGGGAACCCAUUUAUAUCGGUCACAUUGUACCACUGGGUGCUGCUGACACGGACGGCCGCCUGAGGUCUGGCGAUGAAUUAAUCUGUGUCGACGGGACACCAGUAAUUGGAAAAUCACACCAGCUUGUAGUCCAGCUCAUGCAACAAGCUGCCAAGCAAGGUCACGUCAAUCUCACGGUGCGGCGGAAAGUGGUGUUUGCUGUCCCCAAAACAGAGAACGAAGUGCCCUCGCCAGCCUCAUCUCAUCACAGUAGCAACCAGCCGGCCUCCCUGACGGAAGAGAAACGCACCCCGCAGGGCAGCCAGAAUUCUCUGAACACGGUCAGCUCGGGCAGCGGCAGCACCAGCGGGAUCGGCAGUGGAGGAGGCGGCGGCAGCGGCGUGGUGAGCACCGCGAUCCAGCCCUACGACGUGGAGAUCCGCCGCGGGGAGAACGAGGGCUUUGGCUUCGUCAUCGUGUCGUCCGUGAGCAGGCCCGAAGCAGGCACGACUUUUGCAGGCAAUGCAUGUGUGGCUAUGCCUCACAAAAUAGGUCGGAUUAUUGAGGGGAGCCCUGCUGACCGCUGUGGCAAGCUGAAAGUAGGAGACCGGAUCUUGGCAGUGAAUGGAUGUUCCAUCACCAACAAAUCCCAUUCAGACAUUGUCAACCUAAUCAAAGAAGCAGGAAACACAGUUACCCUCCGCAUCAUUCCUGGGGAUGAGUCCUCAAACGCCACCCUGCUGACCAACGCGGAGAAGAUCGCCACCAUCACCACCACGCACACCCCGUCGCAGCUGGGCGCGCAGGACCCCAGGAGCACCACCAAACCAAAGCAGGAGUCUCAGUUUGAGUUCAAGGCUCCCCAGACAACCCAGGAGCAAGAUUUUUACACAGUGGAGCUGGAAAGAGGAGCCAAAGGAUUUGGCUUCAGUCUCCGAGGGGGCCGAGAAUAUAACAUGGACCUCUAUGUUCUGCGCUUAGCAGAGGACGGUCCUGCAGAAAGGUGUGGGAAAAUGAGGAUUGGCGAUGAAAUUUUGGAGAUCAAUGGAGAGACCACCAAGAACAUGAAGCAUGCUCGGGCCAUAGAACUGAUUAAGAACGGUGGCCGAAGAGUGCGUCUGUUUCUGAAACGGGGAGACGGCUCAGUCCCGGAAUAUGACCCCAGCAGCGACCAGCACGGCGCCCCCACCGGUCCACAAGGUGUUUCGGAAAUGAGAAGCGGGCCACCCGACCGCCAACAGCAUCCUGCUUUGGAGUCCAGUUACCCACCCGACCUUCACAAAUCAUUACAACACGGGGAAAAGCGGGCCCACGCGACAGACCCAAAAGGCCCUAGAGAGCAGGGCAGCCAGCUCAAUGCACACCACACGUGGAAUGGAACUUCUCGCAAACCCGACACGGGGGUGUGCCGACCCAAGGACCGGGCAGCAGAGGGACGCAGAGGCACACCGCCUGAGCGGAUGGUGGCCAACGGACCCAAGAGGAAGUCCCCAGAGAAGUGGAGGGAAGGCACCCGGAGUGCUGACAAUACUUUGGAGAGGAGAGGGAAGCACGAGAAGAGAGGGGAGGCUUCCCCCGAGAGGAGGCGGGAGCGGUCACCCACCCGCAGAAGAGACGGGUCGCCCGGCCGGAGGAGGAGGUCUCUCGAGAGACUCUUGGACCAGAAAAGAUCUCCCGAGCGGAGGAAAGCGGGGUCCCCCGAGAGGAGGGCCAAAUCCACUGACCGGAGGCGAACCAAGUCUCCCGAGAGAAGGAGGGAGCGGUCCCUGGAGAAAAGGAACAGGGGGGACAAAGUCGGCCACCGGGAGAGAGAAGAGGCCAGUCUGAAGCAGGACGGCAGCCGGAGUUCCAGACACCCCCCGGAGCAGCGACGGCGACCUUACAAAGAAUGUAGCACCGACCUCAGCAUCUGAGACUGAGUCACCGUCCAGCCUUCACUGUGUCAAAGGUUGUGGGAGGGAGGUCCCCGACCGGAGAGACCCUGACUGACCUUCUUCCCCGAUAAAGCGGCUGACACCCGAGGAUCCUAUGACUGGCAACACACAUUUUAGGCAUCUGAAAUCUUGUAAGAGAAAAAAAUAUAUGGAAAGUGUUGUGCUGAUGUAUAAUAUUAAAGAAAGUAUUUUUAAAUGCAUACUUUUUGGGGAGAUUAUUUGCCAAAUGUUAGCCCAAAGGGAUAUACAUUUUGUUUCUACAUAAAUUGUAGACUUGUCAAGAGUUGUUACCGCCUCCCUUUUGGGGGGAGGGGGAGGGCCAUCCCUCUCUCCUGAGUAAAUGGGGUUAUUAUUAAUUUUCUCUAAGUAAGGGAGAUUAUUGAUUAAAUUGAAUUAAUUCAAUACAGAGUUCUGUAGUGACCUAGUGCUUAAACUGUAGUUAGGGGUUUUGGGUACACCAGUAGAACGGCAAAGUUAUAUUGGUAAAAGCUGAGGACCUUUGAGGACAGAUUAGGAUUGCUGACUAUCAUAAAAUUAAGCCAACUGUUUGAAGAGACUACUGUUACAAAUGAAGGAUAUUUAUAGGAAAGCUACACAGCACAAAACAAUGUUAAGUUCUUGACUUUCUGUUGGUUCAGAAAACAGAUUGUACUCUCCCUGGUCCUGGAAAGGCACAGAGGCAGGGAAUUGGCCGCCAUUACCCAGACAGCCUAAACACAGAUGGUCACUCAUUGGCAUCCCCGCCGAGAGAUAAGAUCUCCGGAAAGCAGUGCCACGAGAGUUGCGCUCAAAGACUAGAAGGGAUGCCUGGCAAACACCUGUGUCGUCAGGUCUGAUUUGAUACCAAACAUGGCCAAUUCAGAGAGGCAGAAAAAUCUCCAAUACAGAAGGACCGCUCCUCCUGUCUGUUUAAACCACUGGUUGUCUCUUGCCAAACUGGGGCUGGGGGACUGACCCCUGGUGAAAGGAGCCUCCCUGUUGAUGUUUAAAGAAGGGAGGGCUGGAGGUAUUUAUUCAUUCUUAGAAAUAGCUGAUUUCCAGUUCAAACAUCUCCAGGAUGAUUGAUGGGAGAAGGGAGGAAGGAUGGAUGUGGUCCCAAGGAUCCUAGAUCUGAUUGGGAAACCUCUGCCCACAGAACCCUGCCGUUUGUGUCUUUGGACAGCAGAACAAAACAGAAUUUUUUUUCUUCAGUGACCCAUUCUUUUGUGAUCCCACCGGAGGUGUGACCGGGUCUGCUGUCGCCAUGCGAUGUUGUUUCAGUGGAUUACUGCCUAGCUGAGCCAAAAUGUUUGCUUAGACCUGUUGGGCCACUCCUGCAAACUGCUGCUUACAGCGCGUUCUAGAUUUCCUUAGCACUGUUUUGCAUUUUCCAUAGAAACACAAAGCUUUGCAAGUCAAUCACUGUUGUUCCCAUGGUUCUAUAAAAAAAGAGAGAAAAGAAGCCAAUUAUUGUACAGAGUUAAAAAUUGUAAUUAAUAGAGCCCGUUGGAAAAACAAAGCAACUGUUGCCUUUUUUUCUUGUAUAAAAGAGAAUUUAUGACAAAAAUUUAGCUGUGAGGAAUGUGGUGUGUGUUUAUUGCUGAAUAUGGAACACAUUGAUUCAUGGGGAUAGAUCUUAAUGUAAACUAAAUCAGGUAUGUAAAGCGGUUUUACAAUGGAAACUGUAUCAGUCAUUUUCUAAAGCUUUCGUUGGUUUGAGUAUCACUUUCCCCAUGGUGAGCUUGCUUGUGAAUUAUUAAGCACUCAUGUGCAUUCUCUGCUCACUCAUUACUUCUUGCAGUGUGUGCUAUGGACUUAAUGCUCUGUCUGUGUUGAUGAACAGCAGUGUGUGGGCCAAUCUUUUGUAAAACACUAUGCAUAUAUAAAUAUUACAUUGUUCAUAGCUUUAUUUGACUUAUGGGCUCAUCCAUAACAUUAAAUUGUGUAGCUGUAGGUGUGUGGACCUUCACAAAACAAGUUCCUUUUCUGGAAUAGACACAAUGUACACUCUGUAGUGAAACAGGAGGGGAAAGUCUGUGGAUGCUAUUUUUAUUAUCAAAUAAAGUUUCCCUUCAUAAUAUACAUUGGGCUGUGGUAGUAAGGGUGAGGGAGAAUACAGCUGAACCAUGAUGGUCUUUUCCAUCAGUUGUCUUAAGAGCCAACUUGGAGAUGUUCUUCUUCAGGCUCGACUGCUAGCAUGUUUUCCUGUUACUCGCCCAACCUGUGAUGCGAAAUGACUGAUGCUUUCGAUGGUGGUCCAUGUUUCUCAACCAAUGAAAAUCAAGGUGAUUUUUGUAGUACAUCCCAAAGUUGACAUAGCCAUGUUUGGUGUUUGUUUUCUAACCUAUGAGCUACCCACCUGGGCUUGUCUUAGCCAGUGAGGACUUUUGGUGUGGCCAUUUCACCUGGGUUUCACACUUUAGGUUUGCUUUGGAAAUACUGUACUGUACAGAGACUAUGCAUUAAGCAGAAAGACAUCGUUUUUUCUGAACUACUGUAACCUUAAAUUGGAGACUGAUCUCUUGUGAGCCUACUUUCCCUGACUCCCACUUCAUGUAAAUGUCUUAAUGAGAGAUAACAGAUGAAUACGUUGUAUGAUUAAAUCAAAUCAUUUAAGAAAUCCUCUCUCCCCGUUACACAGUUGAUGCCUGAAAGAAUGUUAGUGGGCCGGGAGAACUUGACACCGAACUUGUAUUUUUUAAGUUUCUUCUGUGAAAGAUUUUUUAAUGCAUUUUUACUGUAAAAAUACAUGCAAAUGUAUACAUUCCA